AUGGAGACGGAUGGAGAGCAGAACCAGCAGGGGGCCUCGACCAAUGGAAGCGCUGCGUCCGGGACCACCACCUCCUCGUCCCGCCCCUCUCCCAUGAACUCCAUGUCUCUGUAUGAGCGACAGGCGGUGCAGGCCCUGCAGGCGUUACAGCGGCAGCCGAACGCAGCUCAGUACUUCCAGCAGCUGAUGCUGCAGCAGCAGAUCAACAACGCCCAGCUGCAGAACCUGGCCGCCGUGCAACAGGCGACUCUGGCUGCCAGUCGACAGUCGAGUCCUUCCACCAGUAGCUCGUCUCAGACCAGCAGCUCCACAUCUGCGAGCGUAACAUCUGGAACGGGCUCCACGACCAGCAGCCGUCCAAUGGGAGGUUCAGCAACAUCCACAAUCAGCCAAUCGGUACUUCUGAGUGGGACGGCAGCAGGACAGGGACAAAUGUACCUGAGGGUCAACCGCUCCCUGAGGGCGCCCAUCUCCUCCCAGCUUAUCUUCAUGCCUGGCAACACAGCAACUGCCGCCGUGGCGACCGUCACCCAGCAGCCGCAGGCUCCGCAGCAGCAGCAGCAGCAGCAACCAGAGGCGACUACAACCUCCUCCUCCAGCAGCCAAUCAGACAAUGACCAGGUGCAGAAUCUGGCCAUGAGAGGUGUGACCAGUCCCAAAGGUGUGAAGACAGAAGCUCCAGAGAGGAGUGACUCAGCUGCCUUCUCUCUGGUCCAACCGUCCCACCAGUCCAACGCCCAGUCUCCCUCCAAGCCCAGCCAGCCUCAGCCCCAGCCCCCCCACAUCAAAAUCCCCACGUACCCUCAGCCCACCAACCUCAAAGCCCACCCCGCCUCCUCCUCCUCCUCCGGGGCGUCCUCCUCAUCCUCCUCCUCCUCCUCCUCCAUCCCGCUCUCCCAGCUCCUGCUUCAUGGGACCCGGACCCUCGCCACAGGUACCACAGCUCCCACAGCAGCGCACACCCUGGUCCUCGCGUCCAACGCGGCGUCUCAUCACCACGGGUACCCUGUGGGCACGGCGACCAUCAAACCAGCGGUCAACGCUCAGACUCUGGUGGUGCAGCCGCUGCAGAAAAGCUCGCUCGGUGCUGAGAAAUCAGGCCACGGCAACGGACCCAUCCCGAUACAACCUAAAACUCUGCAGGGGCUGCGUCUGCCCCUCCAUCUGCCCUCGAGGAACCCCCCUCCCAUCCUCCCUGCCCCGCCUCCAGCCAGCAGCUCCGCCCAGCCUCCACAGACUCCGCACAUCCCAGUUCAGAUCGUGGGGGCCAGGCAGAGCACUCUGGGAAACGGCCAGGCUCUGGCACUGGCCCGGGGCAGCUGCAGCCAGGACGGAGCUGCUGUCCUCACCAGCUCGUCCAGCCUGCUCACCAUGGUGGCUUCCAUCGCGUCCAGGGAGGGCGGGGUCGUUGGGCGCGGCGUGGGGCUGAAGGCACUGCAGUCGCCCCAGGAGGCUCCCCCAUUAGCUCAGGUCUCUCAAGUGCAUCCGCUGGCCAAUCAGAGCUCUGGACAGAGUCAGAACGGACCUGUAGCUUCUAGCCCCGCCUCCUCCCAACCCCCGACUGUUUCCUCUCCGCCCUCCUCGCUUUCUCGUUCCUCCCUCCCCCUCGCCCUGGCGACUGAGGAGCAGAGAGGAGCGUCAGCUGGUGUGACCACUAACGGAGACUCGUCAGGACGCCGGACGCCGCAGGGGAAGCAGGUGAUCGGUUCGCUAAAAAGGAAAUCAGACUCAAAUUCAGCCAAUGAUGAAGAUGGCCCCGCCCCUCCACGGAUCCAGCCUGUCAGAGACCACGCCCCUGCGCUCCCAACCAAUCCCAUCAAAGCAGGCUCUAUCGCUCCUCCUCCAGCGCCCCCCUCUCCCGCCCCAGUCUUGUCCGUGUCCCGUGGGGCGAGUGGUCAGGGGGAGAGAGCUCCUCCCCCUCAGGCCGUGGUUAAACCUCAUGUCCUCACGCACCUCAUAGAGGGCUUCGUCAUCCAGGAGGGGGCAGAGCCUUUCCCUGUGUGCGGUUCAGUAAAGGACUCGACCGGUGACGAUUUAACAAACGACAGUCUGGACAUGAACCAAUCAGAGACCGUCACCACUGCAACAGUGCUGAAGUGUGAGUACUGUAAAAACUUUGCUCCUGCCAGCCAGUUCAGAGGCACCAAAAGGUUCUGCUCCAUGACUUGUGCCAAGAGUAUGUAUUGGUUCCCCAGGUACAACGUCAGCUUCAGGCAGCACUUGUGCGUGCGGCAGGGUCACGGCCAGGGUCAGGGUCACGCUCCGGAGCAGGAUCGCGGCCAAGGUCACUUCUCCAACUCGGACGAGGAGGGAGGAAUCGCCAGGCGGAGGGUUCCUCGCAGGACCAGCUCAGAAAUAGCCAGUGCCAAGAUAGCAGGGAGACCCUUACCUGUCAAGUGCCGUUCAGAGUCCAGCCAUUCAGAGGAGGAGUCCACCGGAGAGGAGGAUGAAGACGACCCCAUGUCCCUCUCACCGGCCUCCUCGGCCUCCUGCCACCAGGCGCCGCCUCAGCCGCCGACGGAGAGUUCUGCACCUGGCUGCCUGCCCUCUGGCCCCGCCCAGUGGAGCGUGGAGGAAGUGUCGCAGUUUAUCUCCUCGCUGCAAGGCUGCGAGGAUCUUGCCUCCCAGUUCCUGUCGCAGGAGAUUGACGGACAGGCUUUGCUGCUGCUGAAGGAGGAGCAUCUCAUGUCCACCAUGAACAUCAAGCUCGGUCCCGCCCUGAAGAUCUGCGCCCACAUCAACAACCUGAGAGACUGACGUCAGAGUUUCCAUGAACCAGCGUGUUCGAAGCCCCGGACAUUUUCCCACAACUCUUGUUCGGUGUCCAGUUCAGAUAAAGAACUGGUUCCAGAGCCGGCAGAGUCCCACAGGUGAAUGUAUGAAGUACACUUCCCCUCAAACCCAGACUGGGGCUGCAGCACUUGAGUCUGUUGUGGGUGUGACCACAUGGUCAAAGGUCAUGUUUUGCACAAGAAUUUUGGUGAAGUCUUUCCAAAUCUGCCACGUCUGUGAUUUAAAACAAUUACAACAGGUCACAAACUUUGUUUUGGUCCUAAAAUACCUUUCCUGUGCAAAAUCAGUGAGAAAUAAAUUCUACCAGGUGAUUUCAUUUUGCUUUUUACUUGUGCAAUUUCAACUAAAAAGCAGGAACGAAGGAUUUGAAUGUAUUUUCAGUGCAGCAAUCACUUUGAUUGAGCAGACGUUUAAAUCCACAGUGCUUGUCCUGGUUUAAACUUAGUGUCCACACAGGGCUGCUGUUUCUGCAGACUCUGACCGAGGCUGCAUUUAUCUCAUAAUCCAACUAAACAAGCAAACCACACACUAAAGAAGCAAACGGAUGAUUGUACAGUUAUUCCACUCAUUGUAUUAUAUUGUGCAGGAAAAGUAUUAUUUAAAAAACAUCUGUCUUCUCUUGGCGUCAACAGUUUAAUUCAGGCUAUAUUUUCUCAUUGAGAGCUCAUGUUGGAUCUCAUGUCUCUAACUGAAACAUGCUUCACCUGGUUUUAAUUCACAGUCGGCAGAGAGUUUGGACAGAAAGGCAGCGAAGAAAGAUUUUUUUAUGAAUUCUGUUGAAAUCUUGAUGUAUUUUUUAGGGAAGGAUUCUGAUCUUCAAUGUUAUUUAUGUUAUAAUUAAAAAAAAACGUCCAGCAUCAUAAUCACUUUGUAAGAAUAGGGAUCAUCAUGUGAAAAAGGUGGCACUUUUAUUUUGGAAGAGGCCUGUUCUGUAACUUACAGGGUAAAGUGAGAGUACAGGGUAACGGCUGCAGACGCGUCCAAAUAGAACCCGACUCCCUCGAGGUUCAGAGAGAAUUUUAUAUUUCAGCGACAAAAAAAAAAAAGAUGUUGCAUAUUUUUAUUUGUCACAUUCCUUAUGUUGUUUUUUCAAAGCAGAGCACAUCAACAGUAACGAAAGCAUGACCGCUAAAAGCUUUCCACGUUUAGGCCGGAGACAAACUCACUGUUUAGCCACACGUUUACGCAGAUAAGCUAAAGCGCCAUGAGUGUAUUUAUUUGAGUAUUUCGCCAGAGGGUACACGUAGAACUCAGACUCUAUAUUGCGUUGUGUAAAUAAAAAAACAUGGCGAGGCUGUAGGAGGUUAGCCUACGGCUUACUUCUGGCAUCACGGCAGAAAAAGAGAAAUUGUGGCGUCAUCAUAGAUUGUUUGUUAGGUCCUCUGAUCAUCAUCGUCAUGACAACGGCGAGUAUGUUUUUGUAGGUGACGGUCUGACUCUACACUGCCCCCACUGUUCUGUUCUUAUAGUGUUUGUCUCGGUGUCCUGAGGAGGAGGUUGUUAUUCUGGAUCUUUGCUGAGGGUCUGCUGUCUCGCUCUCAACCAGAUCUAGAAUAACAAUGUGAGCCUUUCAUUUACGGACUGUCGCAGUGAGAUGACAUCGUAGCCACUGCUGGACUGAUUCCAAAGGUUUUUUAAAGUACCAGUCACUCUCACACCGACAGUUAUAAACAUAGGGCUCAAGUUGAAAAAUACAGGAAUGUCCCGUGAACAAAAUCUCUGACAAUUUCAACAUUUUGCAACCAUCGGUGCAACCAGUCGUUUCUGAUCCGUGCAGCAGUUUGUGUUCAAGCAGCGGGAAACGCCACAGGCUUGAUUUUUAUUUUUUUAAAUUUUUGUGGUGACAUGGAGUUUACAAAAUGAAAAUGCUGAAAAAAAGCACGAUUGAGACUUAACCAGCAAAUAUGAUGACGGUGAUGAGUUGUUAAUUUAAUCUGAAGUAACUUUAAGCUACUUUUCCACAGCAAAACCACAAAGUCUGUUCAGACGAAGCUACACGUGGACCUAUGGAUAAAAAAAAAAAAUCAUUCCUGACUGAACGAGUGUGUGAAUGAGAAAACUUAAACUAAGCUGUAAUAAUAAUAACUUUAAACUUUGCCUUUAUAUUUAAAUGCACAUUUGUUUGCCUUGUUUUGAGCUUUUUACCGUUCUCUCAUGUUGUCUCUCUGUGAACCUUGUGGCCUUUCUCACUAGUUUCUACUAUUUGCUUUAGAUGAGGAUUGUCUGUUUUUUAACUGCUUUUCAUAUCAUUCCUUGUUUUAUAUUAGUGCUUACUUUUUUACUAUUGUUACUUCAAGCAAUGCCUUUCCCAAAAAGCGUGACCGAAUAGUAGCGACCUUGAUCAAGGAAACUCGCCGUCUUCCUCCAUAGCUUUGUCACAUAGCGUGUAACUACCGACAGUAUUUACCUUUCUAGCUAUAGCUAUCUUUGGCUUUUCUUGUUAGUGACUGUGGCUGUUACAGUAUUUUCUUUUUUCGAAAAAGGACAAUAAUCUUUGAUAGCAGCUGUGUGAUUAUAUUUCUCAGUCGUCCCGGGAUUUUGGAGUCUUUAAAUCAGCAGGUCCGUCAGCAUGUUAUGAAGACCAAAAAAGAAACACUUGAACUUCAUUUCAAGUGAUUUGAGCCACAAUUUCCUGCUGAAAUCGAUGCAUCUCUGAUGCGAUUACUCCCAGAAAGCAGCACUUUUCUCACAGAAUAAACUGAUUCUUUUCUAAUGAAGAAACCACAUGAAGAAAAAUGUGCUUCCUUGCAAUAAUCAGAGAAACUGCAAAAUCUUGGAGGGACUGGGUUUAAUGAGGAGAGAUUAAUAAUACUAUCAUGCAAAUAAAUAAUCAAGGAACUGUUUUAAAACUGCGACGUCUGUGUUUUUAUUUUCGAAGUAGAAGAAUUGUGUUUUAGAUUGUUAUCAGAUUUUAAUUCUAGAUUUGUAGAACAGACUUGAAGGGCUGGACUAUCAACAGGGCAAAGCACUGGAGCAGCAUUGGUUUGUGAGAAUCU